AUGCAAUUCUUCAUCACUUCAACUAUUCUGCUAACGUUCCUGGAAUUAAUCACCGCUGAAUUAAUCACAGUCCUUCAACCGCACGAAAGCACAGUCAGAGGUCUUUCGGCUCAAACACGGGAGGUAAAACCUUCUCCGCCAAUAUCCGACAAGGCAAAAAUUCACCCGAAAUCAAGAGCAAGAGAAAAUGUAGUCAUAUUAGAUGUUCAGACUCCUGAAACCCCCACAACUCCAUGUGAACGUACCACAUUUCGAGUCUCCAGAGAGGAUAUGACGGGCGGGUCUUCCAAGAGUUCAGAACGCAGAAUUAAACCCACCAAAGCAAAAAUCCCACAGAAAUUUGAGGGGCAAGUGAAGAAAGGGACAAAUAGUAUGCCACCCAAGAUAGGCCAAGUAUCAUUCCGAACCAGAUGGUCGGGACUCAUGGCCUCCAUCGGCUCCACCAAGACCUUUAUUGCAAAACAAGGAACGGAGUCAAGGAGUCUAGUGAUAAAAUUUCAAUCCCUUUUUGUCAACCUCGCUUCCAUCAAACUACAGGUAGGUCCCGAAAUCAAAUAUGCAAAUCCGAAGGAAAAAGAGGAGCGCGAGGCCAUCGUCAAAGAACUAAAGGCGCUAACUCCCGAAGGGGAGGCGCCCAAAGAUUGGCUCAAAGGACUAGAUGAUCGCCUCGCAAAUCUACCAGAUAUCACCGCGCUUCCGGAUGACUCUGAUCAAGCAAAUGAGACACUUAAUUUACUUCAUGUCCUUCUUCCGAUCCUUAGUAAACCAGAAUUGACACAAAGACAAAGGAAAGUUAUCUUAGACUGUAUCAAUCAUCUCACAAGAUAUAAUGGAUUAGGCAAAGACUGUGUGACUAGAGCCGCUAAGAGAUAUUCUGACGCCUUCAAAGCACUGGCUUUGUCCAUUAGCUCUGUACGAUCUGAUGGGAGACCAAGCAAUGCUGUUAAAGGAUCUUUUGAAGCAGAUUGGCUCUCUAACUCAAGUGUUGCAGAGAGAUAUCACCGCAUCUUAUUAGUCCGAGAACAGCCUGAGGACUUGCUCCCACGCGUAAAGAAGCUCGCGCGAGGUUUGGAAAAAGUUAAGGACGUCACGAUAUGGAACCACCCAGAUGGAACACCGAGCGAUUUGCAGAUAAUAUUAAAGCAGGCCCUUGGACUCUUCAAGCAGCAAUGGGACCAUGAUCAAAGACUCUACUUGGAUGAGAUAAUCCAAUACAUCAGCAGAGUCAACACAGAGGCCUUUGAUACUCUGGUUACACGCUUAACGCAGGAUGAUGAAUACGUAGACGCAAUGCUAUCCACCUGGGUUCAAGAGCACGGUGAUGAUAUAUUUGAGACUCUGCACGAGGGUUCCAUCUACAUCGAUCUUCUGUCAGGUAUUCCUGUAUUAGAUGAACGGGCGGGUGCAACCUUGGAUCGAAAGCUACUGGAUUUAGUCAUUCCAUCAGAUCGAGUCCUCCCAAGGAUCAAAAGUCUGAAAGAGGAUAUCAUCAGGUCUCAAACGAUGAGGCAUGACGAUAACUCAGACCCGAGGCAACUACUCAGUCUGUCAAAUCUUCUCCGAAGAGCGAUAUUUGGACUGAUAGAAUCUCAGAAAGAGCAACGUUUGGACAUGGAAUACGACCAAUUAUGCUAUCUGAAGAUGAUUGCCUACCUCGAAAGACGGAGACCAGGAUUGAAAUACGAAAUCUACCGAUAUCUUGACAGCGAACCAGAUUUCUUACCAAUUCUAUCGCAUUUCUUUGCUAACAAGUUAGACUAUGAAAUGGAUGACAUGCAAGAAUAUUCGUGGUGUUCCAGGAUCUUAAAGGAAACCCGUUAUGAAGAAUUGAUCCUACGCCAAAAGUUAAUCUCAAGAAAUUGGACACCACACGAAAAUCGGUCGCAUCGCACAUUGAUAUGGGUGAAGGAGCUUCCAAGAGAUUGGUGGAAACCUCUUCACUCAGAUCUUCAGACUAAGAAGAUUCUCGACUCAGUAUUGGAUACUCUAAACGCUCCUCCAAGAAAAUUCUCUGAAGAUUCAGGAGUUAAGGAAGCUCUUGAAGUACUGUGGCAUCUUUUACGAUUCAAGCCAAGCUUGAGAGAAAAUGUCUACACAUCCAUACACAAAGAAUCAAACUUCUGGUUACGAUAUCAGCUUCGAAAUCACGUGAGAGAGAAGCUUAUCAAGCUGGAGGGUAAAGCAGUUGUCUUCGAUUCCAAAUCUGGAACUUCCAUUGAUCUCUUUCAAUGGUUUUCAAAAAUCAAAAUUUUGCAAGAAGAUGAGCCAGAGCCCGAGUCAUGGAUUCAAAAGACUGGUUCACUCGCCGCCGUAUGCGCAAAAACAUCUGCGAAGAUUGGCUUUGCAGGCAUUCAAAAGACUAGUUCACUCGCAGCCGCAUGCGCGAAAGAAGCUGCAAAGAUUCGCUUUGCAGGCAUUCAAAAAGCCAUUGAAGCUGUUACUAAAGUGUGCGGGGGUUGA